GUGUCACCGAUUAGCCAGGACCGAGCCCGGGGGGUGUCACCAAUUAACCGGGACUGAGACCGGGGGGGGCUGUCACCGAUUAGCCGGGACUGAUCCUACAUGAUCCUAGUGACCAACAUCUACCUGAUCUUUGAGGUUGGCCACUUGGAACGAGCAAUGACGGACAUGGCACAAAUCAAGCCCUUCAACUUAACCGAAGUGGGGAAGAUGCUACCGUAUUGCUACUAUACAGCCAUCACGCUGGCUGUCAUGACCUACCCGGUGUGCGUCUUCCUCAUCUACUCAGUCCCGAAGCGGCUCUACAUGGGCAUGUUCGCCUAUGUCGCAUGGAUCAUCUUCUAUGACCUGGCUAACUGCCUCAUCGUGGCCCUGGCUUACCAGGUCUCCAAAGAAGCCUUGUUUCCCCUCAGCCGCCUGGAGUGGUUUGGGCUGGCCACCAGGAGCCCCAUGGAUUGUUUCUGGCUCUCCUUCGUUGUCACGUAUGCCCUGAUGGUUAUUGAAAGCAAAGGGCAAGGAAGGCUGUCGCUCAGGAUGAGGCGGAGGUGGUGUCACCGAUUAGCCGGGGGGGUGUCACCGAUUAGCCGGGACCAAGACCGGGGGUGUGUCACCGAUUAGCCGGGAGGGUGUGUGUUACCGAUUAGCCGGGACUGAGACCGGGGGAGUGUCGCCGAUUAGCCGGGGGGGGGUGUCACCGAUUAGCCGGGACUGAGACCGGGGGGGUGUCACCGAUUAGCUGGAACUGAGACCGGGGGUGUGUCAUCAAUUAGCCGGGGAGGUGUCACCGAUUAGCCGGGACCGAGCCCGGGGGGGGUGUGACACCGAUUAGCCGGGACCGAGCCCGGGGGGGUGUCACCGAUUAGCCGGGGGGUGUCACCGAUUAGCCGGGACCGAGCCCGGGGGGGGUGUCACCGAUUAGCUGGAACUGAGACCGGGGGUGUGUCACCGAUUAGCCGGGGGGUGUCACCGAUUAGCCGGGGGGGGGGUGUCACCGAUUAGCCGGGACUGAGACCGGGGGGGUGUCACCGAUUAGCCGGGGGGGUGUCACCGAUUAGCCGGGACUGAGUCCAGGGGUGUGUCACCGAUUAGCCGGGAGGUGUCACCGAUUAGCCGGGAUCGAGCCUGGGGCGGGGGGUCUCACCGAUUAGCCGGGACUGAGACCAGGGGCGUGUCACCGAUUAGCCAGGGGGGUGUCACCGAUUAGCCGGGAUCGAGCCUGGGGGGGGGUGUCACCGAUUAGCCGGGACUGAGACCGGGGGAGUGUCACCGAUUAGCCGGGACCGAGCCCGGGGGGGGUGUCACCGAUUAGCCGGGGGUGUGUGUAACCGAUUAGCCGGGACCGGGGUGUCACGAUUAGCCGGGGGGGGGUGUCACCGAUUAGCCGGGUCUGAGACCGGGGGGGGGGUGUCACCCAUUACCCGGGGAGGUGUCACCGAUUAGCCG